CUGCUCAUGGAACUGUGCGCUUUAUUCUUGUCAUGGGUCACGUUCCUAAUUCAGUUUUCUUUUACCACGAGUCAGGAGUUCUGUAGGGGCAGUUCAUUCUGGUGUAACAGAGGCCAUUGCUGUAAAGGGGGACGAUGUUGUUCAUAUUACUAUGAACUCUGGUGGUUCUGGGCGAUCUGGGUGGGCGUGAUUCUGCUCAGUUGUUGCUGUUUGUGCCAGCGGAAAUUUCGCCACCAUAGACGAUCCCGCCACCACCGAACCCGGCGAUCGGCAGCCAGGUCGAGAUUCGUACAGGCGAUAGACGCAACGUUUCCGGCUCUCUUUGAUUCCGGUCAGUCGGGUCUUAUAGUUUUAUAUUCCUUGACUAACAAUUAUGAUCUGAUGUUAUUUCUGUUUGUUGUUAACUUAGUGUACAGUACCUAA